AGACAAAGAUGUGGAGAACUUUUUCCUUUGGACAUUUUCCAGGUUCCUCUGCUUAAACUGUGUGAGACAUUUGAGGUUUUGCUAUAUCUUCUGGUCUUUACAUUUUUUGAUAUCACAUUGAUGAACCAUGCACUGAUUUCGUUAGCAUUGCUAACCCGGUUAAAUAUUAAGGGUUAAUAAGCACGUAAUAUUUUACAACCUCAGCUGCAGUUAUAAAGUAAGGAUUCUCAAUUCCUCCCAACAGGUCCUCGAAAAUGGAGCUGACUUGGAAUUUAGUCUUUACUGUUCUUCUAAGUUUUUCAUGUUGGGGGUUAGACUGGACACUUGACAGAAAUGUCAUUCUAGCUGCUGGCCCUCUAACCAGUGACUUGCUGCGCAACCUGAGCGGUCCCCCGGGAGACCCGGGCUCCGACCCUGCAGCAGGGGACGAAGACGCGCGCGUGUGUCGCCAGCCGCUGCCCGCUGGGCUGCCCGAGUACUUCAGCAGCAUCCACGCCCGUGGGGUCACCCACUAUAAAGUAUUUCUGUCUUGGGCACAACUUCUGCCGGCAGCGAGCCCCCAGCGCCCAGACGAGGAGGCAGUGCGCUGCUACCGGCGGCUGCUCGAGGCCGUGCGGGCGGCGCGGCUGCAGCCCCUGGUGGCCCUGCACGGCCGGGCGCCCCCCGCCGGCGCCGCCCGCGGAACCCGAGCCUGGGCCGCGCUCUUUGCAGACUACGCCGCCUUCGCCUUCCGCGCCUUCGGGGACUUAGUCGAAAUCUGGUUCACGUUCAGUGACUUGGAGGCGGCGGGCGCGGAGCUCCCCGAGCAGGAGUCAGGGUCGUCGCGGCUCCAGACCCUCGCUGACGCCCACAGGAAAGCCUAUGAGAUUUACCGCGGAAACUACGCGCCCCCGGGUGGAAAGUUCUCUGUCGUCCUACCAGCCGCAGCGGUCUGGGAGCUCCUGCGCGAACCGUCCACUUCCUCACUUGCCAAGGAUGCAGUCGAUUUCCUUUCUCUUGAUUUGUCUUAUGACUGCCAAAGUGGUGCAAGUUUGCUGCAGAAGCUGAGUGAGUUGCCGACUGUUGAGCCAAAAGUGAAAGUUCUCAUCUUCAGUCUUAAACUCCAGGACUGCCCCUCCACCAGGAGUAACCCAGCUGAGCUGCUCUUCAGCCUUUCUGAAGCCAUCAAUAAAGAGCAAGUGUUCACCAUUGGGUUUGAUGUUAAUAUAUUCUUGAACUGUUUAUCAAAUUCCAAGAAAAGUCUGCCUCGUUCUCUGACUGACAGCCUGACCCUCCAGGCUGCCGAGCAGCGAGACUUCAAGACUGAAGUGGGCUCCUCGCCACCCAGCCCUGCCUACCAGAGAGUCUGGGAAAGGUUUGCUAACCAGUCCAAGGCAGAACGGGAUGCUUUUCUGCGGGAUGUUUUUCCUGAAGGCUUCCUCUGGGGCGUCUCCACAGGGGCCUUUAACGUGGAAGGAGGCUGGGCUGAGGACGGAAGAGGGCCAAGUGUCUGGGACCGACCUGGACUCCAGAAGGCCCCCAAGGGCCAAGCAACACCGAGCGUGGCCAGUGACAGUUACCACAAGGUGGACUCUGAUGUCUCCCUGCUUCGUGGCCUCCGGGCUCAGGUCUAUAAGUUCUCCAUCUCCUGGUCCCGCAUCUUCCCCAAUGGGCAUGGACGCAGCCCCAACCUCCGGGGUGUCGCCUACUACAACAAGUUGAUCGAUAGCCUGCUAGAUUCACACAUCAAGCCCAUGGCCACGCUGUUCCACUGGGACCUGCCCCAGGCCCUGCAGGAUCGAGGAGGGUGGCAGAAUGAGAGUGUGGCAGAUGCCUUCCUGGACUAUGCAGCUUUCUGCUUCUCUACCUUUGGGGACCGUGUGAAGUUGUGGGUGACCUUCCACGAGCCAUGGGUGAUGAGCUACGCGGGCUACGGCACUGGCCAACACGCACCGGGCAUCUCCGACCCAGGGGUGGCCUCCUUCAAGGUGGCUCACUUGGUCCUCAAGGCUCAUGCCAGAGCUUGGCACCUCUACAACAGCCACUAUCGGCCACAGCAGCAGGGGCGUGUGGGCAUUGUGCUGAACUCAGACUGGGCAGAGCCCCUAUCCCCGGGGAGGCCUGAGGACCUAAGCGCCGCUGAACGCUUCCUGCACUUCAUGCUGGGCUGGUUUGCACACCCUAUCUUUGUUGAUGGAGACUACCCAGCUGCCCUGAGAGCUCAGAUUCAACAGAUAAACAAGCAGUGUGGCAGUCCUAUGGCACAGCUCCCUGAAUUCACCGAAGCAGAGAAGCAGCUUCUGAAAGGCUCUGCUGAUUUUCUGGGUCUGUCUCAUUAUACUUCUCGCCUUAUCAGCAAGGCCCGUCAAGAUACCUGCAUCCCCAGCUAUGAUACCAUUGGAGGCUUCUCACAGCAUGUAGACCCUGCUUGGCCCCGGACUUCAUCCCCUUGGAUUCGAGUGGUACCCUGGGGUAUAAGGAGGCUGCUGUGGUUUAUAUCCUUGGAAUACACAAGAGGAAAAGUUCCGAUCUACCUGGCUGGAAAUGGCAUGCCCGUAGGGGAAAGUGAAAAUCUCCUUGAUGAUUCUUUGAGAGUAGACUACUUCAAUCACUAUAUCAAUGAAGUACUCAAGGCUGUCAAGGAGGACUCCGUGGAUGUUAGAUCUUACAUUGCUCGUUCCUUCAUCGAUGGCUUUGAAGGGCCCUCUGGUUACAGCCAGAGGUUUGGGCUGCACCAUGUCAACUUCAACGACAGCAGCAAGCCAAGGACUCCCAGGAAAUCUGCCUAUUUUUUCACCAGCAUCAUUGAAAAUAAUGGUUUCCUCACCAAAAGUGUAAAAAGACUGCCACCACCCAAUACAGCAAACUUUCCCCCUAAAAUCAGAGCCUUCACUUUUCCAUCUGAGGUGCCCUCCAAGGCUAAAGUAGUUUGGGAGAAGUUCUCCAACCAACCCAAGUUUGAAAGAGAUUUGUUCUACCAUGGCACGUUUCGGGAUGACUUUCUCUGGGGUGUGUCCUCAUCAGCCUAUCAGAUUGAAGGAGCUUGGGAUGCUGACGGCAAAGGCCCCAGCAUCUGGGAUAACUUUACCCACACACCAGGUAGCAAUGUGAAAGGAAAUGCCACUGGAGACAAAGCCUGUGACAGCUAUAACCAGUUGGAUGCUGACCUGAGUAUGCUUCGAGCUUUGAAGGUGAAGGCCUAUCACUUCUCUAUCUCCUGGUCUCGGAUUUUCCCAAAUGGGAGAAACGCUUCCAUCAACAGUCAAGGUGUUGAUUAUUACAACAGGCUGAUCAAUGGCUUGGUGGGAAGCAACAUCUCUCCCAUGGUGACACUGUUCCACUGGGACCUGCCCCAGGCCCUCCAGGAUAUCGGCGGCUGGGAGAAUGCUUCCCUGAUCGAGUUUUUUAACAGCUAUGCAGACUUUUGUUUCCAGACCUUCGGUGACAGAGUCAAGUUCUGGAUGACCUUUAAUGAGCCCACAUACCAGGCAUGGUUGGGUUAUGGCUCGGGGGAUUUUCCCCCAAGUGUGAAGGAUCCAGGCUGGGCACCUUACAGGGUUGCCCACGCAGUCAUCAAAGCUCAUGCCAGAGUCUAUCACACUUACGAUGAGAAAUACAGACAAGAGCAGAAGGGGGUCAUCUCUUUGAGUCUCAGUGCACACUGGGCAGAGCCCAAGUCCCCGCAGGUCCCAAGGGAUGUGGAGGCAGCUGACCGAAUGCUGCAGUUCUCACUGGGCUGGUUCGCCCACCCCAUUUUCCGAAAUGGAGACUAUCCCGAUGCCAUGAAGUGGAAAGUGGGGAACAGGAGUGAACUCCAACACUUGGCCACAUCCCGCCUGCCAAGUUUCACCGAGGAAGAGAAGAGGUACAUCAGGGGCACGGCCGAUGUGUUCUGCCUCAGCACCUACUCCUCCAGAAUCGUGCAGCAUACAACACCCAGGUUAAACCCGCCCUCCUACAAAGAUGACCAGGAGAUGAUUGAGGAGGAGGACCCUUCGUGGCCUGCCACGGCCGUGAACAGAGCUGCUCCCUGGGGGUUGCGAAGGCUGCUCAACUGGAUCAAAGAAGAGUAUGGUGACAUCCCCAUUUACAUCACCAAAAAUGGGGUGGGGCUGACUAAUCCGGAGCAGGAAGAUACCAGUAGGAUAUUUUACCACAAAACGUACAUCAAUGAAGCUUUGAAAGCCUACAGGCUCGAUGGUGUAGACCUUCGAGGGUAUGCCGCAUGGUCUCUGAUGGACAACUUUGAGUGGCUGAAUGGUUACACAGUCAAGUUCGGACUGCACCAUGUUAAUUUCAGUCAGGAGAGCAGGCCUCGCACGGCCAGAGUCUCUGCCAGGUACUACAUGGAGGUCAUCACCAACAACGGCAUGCCGCAGCCCCGGGAAGAUGAGUUUCUCUAUGGUCAUUUUCCCAAGGGCUUCAUCUGGAGUGUGGCUUCUGCUGCAUAUCAGAUCGAAGGUGCAUGGAGAGCAGAUGGCAAAGGACUCAGUAUUUGGGACAUGUAUUCUCACACACCACUGAAUAUUGAGAACAACGACACCGGAGACGUGGCCUGCGACAGUUACCACAAGAUUGCCGAGGACGUGGCCGCCCUGCAGUACCUGGGCGUGUCCCACUAUCGCUUUUCCAUCUCCUGGUCUCGCAUCCUCCCCGAUGGAACCACCGCAUCCUUCAGCGAAGCAGGCCUGAACUACUACGUGCGGCUCAUCGACGCGCUGCUGGCCGCCAGCAUCCAGCCCCAGGUGACCAUUUACCACUGGGACCUGCCCCAGGCCCUCCAGGAUGUUGGAGGCUGGGAGAAUGAGACCAUUGUACAGCACUUUAAAGCGUAUGCCAAUGUGCUCUUCCAGAGGCUAGGGGACAAGGUGAAGUUUUGGAUCACGCUAAAUGAGCCCUUUGUCAUCGCUUACAAGGGCUAUGGCUAUGGGACAGCCGCCCCAGGAAUCUCUGUUAGGCCUGGCACUGGCCCCUACGUUGCUGGCCACAACCUAAUAAAGGCGCAUGCCGAGGCCUGGCACCUGUACAAUGACGUGUACCGCUCCAGACAAGGUGGCAUGAUUUCCAUCACCAUCAGCAGUGACUGGGCUGAACCCAGAGACCCCUCCAACCAGGAGGAUGUGGAGGCAGCCAGGAGAUACGUCCAGUUUAUGGGAGGCUGGUUUGCACACCCUGUUUUCAAGAAUGGAGAUUACCAUGAAGUGAUGAAGACCCGGGUUCGUGACAGGAGCUUGGCCGAAGGCCUCAGCAAGUCUCGGCUCCCGGAGUUCACGGAGAGUGAGAAGAGGAGGAUCAACGGCACCUAUGACUUCUUUGGGUUCAAUCACUACACCACGGUCCUGGCCUACAAUCUCGACUAUGACUCUGGGAUCUCCUCCUUUGAUGCGGACAGGGGAGUUGCCUCCAUCCCAGAUCCCUCUUGGCCAGACUCUGGCUCCUCCUGGCUGAGGAUGACCCCUUUUGGCUUCCGGAGGAUCCUGAACUGGUUAAAGGAGGAGUACAACAACCCCCCGAUUUACGUAACAGAGAAUGGAGUGUCCCAACGGGGGGAAGUAAGCCUCAACGACACUGCGCGGAUCUACUACCUCCGCAGCUACAUCAACGAGGCACUCAAAGCUGUGCAGGAUAAGGUGGACCUUCGAGGAUACACUGUUUGGUGUGUGAUAGACAACUUUGAGUGGGCCACGGGCUUCUCGGAGAGGUUUGGCCUACAUUUUGUGAACUAUACUGACCCUUCUCUGCCAAGGAUUCCCAAAGCGUCAGCCAAGUUCUACGCCUCUGUAACCCGGUGCAAUGGCUUCCCGGACCCGGCCGCAGGCCCACACCCUUGUCUCCAGCCAAACGAUGCUGGACCCACCAUCAGCCCCAGCAGAGAAGAAGUUCAGUUCCUGGGGCUAGCACUAGGCACGACAGAAGCCCAGACAGCUUUGUACACACUGUUUGCUCUUGUGCUUCUGGGAGCCUGUGGUGUGGGGUUGCUGUUGUACAAGCACUGCAAGCACUCCAGGCAAGGAAGAACGCAACCAGACCCAGGGGAAUUGAGCCCCAUUUCGUCAUUCUGACCACAAGUCACCACCUCCUCCAGUUCUGCAAAAUAACCCAGGUUUCUUUGUAUACCUUUGCCACCCACAAAACUCCUCAGGAUUUUAUAUUCUUCCUAUACCAAGCUUCUUCAUAAAGCCUUUCUGUAGUGUGAGAGUCUAAUCUUAAAGGAUUUCAGGUCCCUGAUUAAAAUAGAAGUAUCUGAACCUUGCCCCAGUAGCAGGAAUUCAUUUGGACAUUAAAAGACCCUGCAACUGGCUGUUGUGGAAAUGUGCAGAUACUGAACUCAUCUAGUGCUUUUGUGAGCCACUUGAUUUAACUUAACUGAGCAGUUUCAAGUUUAAGAGAUUUUAAAGAUAGAAACAGGAGCAAAAAGCAUAGGAACCCUUUUUUGGUGAAAUGAACUCCACUGCAUAUAUGGACUGCAAUGUCAUCCCCUGCCCUCUCCCAGAUCCCUCCCAGCCUGUACCUUGUGUUGUUUCUCGGAAAAUAAAAAUAGUACUGUUAACUGUGUCCUAUCCCCUGGAUGACUCUCCUUGAGAAAGUAGGUUCUACAGAAGUGAUGCAGCCACACAAGCCAUUUGGGGUACCUAAGCUUUCCCACCAGACCAAGGCUUUCUGCUUUUUAUAUAUACUCCCCAGGGCACAGAAACCAUAACAAAGGGAUGACCUGUGAAUCCUUUAUUCCAACCACCGCCACCUUUUAUGUCCUUCCUGCUCUGCCACUUGCAGGCAGAGUUUUAAGGACCCAAGUAUGGCCUUCAAGGCCCAUGCGAUCUUACCUUGGUUCACUUAGCCUGUUUCCCUUGUUCCUCUCUCAAUCUAAACUGCAUCUAAGCCCUUGACUAUUCCACGCUCCUUUGUGUCUUUGCAAAUACUAUUGCUUCUGCCUACGAUGCCCUUUCUUUGGAAAAAUGCUUUAAGUCUCAGCUCAAAUAUGUACUUUCCCUCUGGGGAAAGCUGCCCUGAAUUCCCAUAGGCAGACACUACUUCGACUUUGCUUGUAAAUACCCCCUAUGACCACAUUACACUGGAAUUGAAAAUUACCCUACUAUCAGCUUCUUGAGGUCAAAGGACCAUGUCUCACCGUCUCUAGCAAGCACGUUUUGGAGACAGGGCCUAGAAUGCACACCUGCCCCUUCUGUGUGUUUGUUCACAAAACCUAUCUGAGUAGUGGUGGGAGCACAGAAAGAUGUGGCCUCAUCAAUUUCCCCUACAAUGUGCUGAUGAGACAGUCUGAGUGAGAAACACUUAACAACUUAUUUGAUCUAUGUAUCCUUUCUAGAUAUCUGUGAGUUUCUUUUUUUUUUUUUUUUUUAAACAAAGAGUGGGCCCUGGCUGGGUAGCUUACUUGGUUAGAGUAUUGUCCCAAUGUGCCAAGGUCAAGGGGUCGAUUUCUAGUCAGGGCACAUACAUGAAGCAACCAAUGAGGGCAUAAACAGGUGGAACAACACAUUGAUGUUUCUUUUCUCUCCACUUCCUUUCUCUAAAAUCAAUAAAUUAAAAAAAUUUUAAGUUUCAGGACUUCUUGUCAAGAUAGCAGAAUAAAUAAAUGCUGGGCUCACCUCCUCCCAUAACCACACACACAAAAAUUAUAACUAUAGACUUCCAGUCAA